GGGGGCAGGAAGGGGAUAUGAAACUGGCGGGCACGAGAGCCCGGCGCGGCGGGCGGUGGGGCUGAGAGGCUCUGCGGGACGGGACGGGACGGGGACGGGCGGUUCCCUCGCCCGCAGGAUGCGCUGCAGCCCGAAGCGCGUCCGCCGCGCCCUGCCCCCGGGGCGAAGGUGCCGGCCGGCUCCCCGGAGCGCUGCUCGCCGCCGCCGGGCUCCGCGGCGCCCGGAGCCCCACAGCCCCGCGCACGGCGGGCGGGCGGUGCCGUGAUGCCCGGCGGCGGCAGCGGGGCCCCGACGUAGCGUGGCGGCGGGGAGCCCGGUCCCGCGGGGCGGAGGAUGGCGUGUGGCGGCGGCUGCUGCUGCUCCUCCAGCGCGGGUCGCCUGAAUGCGGACAACGCGCGGUUCCUCCUGCUGGCGGUGCUGAUCCUGCUCUACAUGCUGUGCGGCGCCGCCGUCUUCUCGGCCAUCGAGCUGCCCACGGAGCGGGAGGCCAAGGAGCGCUGGGAGGAACGGCUGGAGAACUUUACCCGGCGCCACAACCUCAGCCGCGCCGAGCUCCGGCUCUUUCUCCGGGAGUACGAGGAGGCCAACGUGGCCGGCAUCCGUGUCGAUGACAUCCGGCCCCGAUGGGAUUUCACCGGCGCUUUCUACUUCGUGGGCACCGUCGUUUCCACUAUCGGGUUUGGUAUGACCACCCCAGCCACCGUUGGAGGCAAAAUUUUUCUGAUAUUUUACGGCCUUAUAGGAUGUGCAGGGACCAUUUUGUUCUUUAACCUGUUCCUGGAACGCUUGAUCACAGUCAUAGCUUAUGUCAUGAAGUCCUGCCACGAAAGACAGCUGAGGAGGAAAGGCGUUCUCCCUCACAACGGCCGACGGGGCUCAGGGAUGUCUGAGGUGGACAGCCUGGUGGGCUGGAAGCCCUCUGUGUACUAUGUCAUGCUGAUUUUAUGUGUAGCAUCACUCAUCAUUUCCUGCUGUGCCUCUGCAAUGUAUACACCAAUCGAAGGGUGGAGUUACUUUGACUCACUUUACUUCUGCUUCGUGGCCUUCAGCACCAUAGGUUUUGGUGACCUGGUCAGUAGCCAGAACAUCAAGUAUGAAAGCCAAGGCCUUUACCGCUUUGGCAAUUUUGUCUUCAUACUCAUGGGGGUGUGCUGCAUCUAUUCCUUAUUCAAUGUGAUCUCUAUUGUGAUCAAACAAUCCAUAAACUGGAUAUUAAAGAAGUUGUCCUGCAAGUGCUGCCACAGAUGCCAAAGAAGAUUAUUUCGUUCAAGGAGGAACGUGGUAAUGCCUGGAAAUGUGCGCAGCCAGAGAAACAUCUCCAUCGAGACUGAUGUUGUCAAUGAGAGUGACACAGACGGACGCCGUCUGUCAGGAGAGAUGAUCUCCAUGAAAGACUUCCUGGCCUCAAAUAAAGUCUCAUUGGCCAUCAUGCAGAAACAGCUGUCAGAAACUGCUAAUGGGUAUCCGAGGCAAAUGAGCUGUAAUUCAAAGCAAAACGGAUUCUCUGGUGGGGUUGGAGCCCUGGCAAUUAUGAAUAACAGACUGGCAGAGACAAGUGUGGAUAGGUAAAAUUGUAACAGUAAUAACAGUGAAACAGUGUGAGCCAUUUCAACAAGUAUUGAAACAAUGUGAAUCGAGUGGAAGUAGCUAGGGAGAGAGUGCCAGCAGAGGCUGGGAUGAAUGUGAAGGGCAUACCUUCUGACACUUUUUUGGGGCUGUCACUUAAUGUUUUUGAAUUGCACCAGUCCCAGCCUUCCUUAUUUCCCAUCCCUCUGCUUCUCAAGCAGGUCACUGCAGAAGGAAUUUAAUUUAGCCUCCAGAUCAAAUUUCCAUGUCCUGUUCUUUUCCAUUUAUGUGAAACACAGAUUUCAGGAUAAGAAAUAUGUGGGAUGGGAAGAAACCAAGUGUGUCUACUGAACACAUCCUUAAUUCAAAGAUUUUUCUUUGAGCUUUCUGUCUUAUUCUCAUCAUACCUGUUUCCUGAAAGUAGUUCAUCUGAGACCAAAAGAGGAAUAAGCCUUUCUCUAUGAUAUUGCAGAUCUAAUUUAAUGAAAAAUAGUAUGAAAGUUGGUAGGUAUAUUUUGGGGUUAUUGUGAUGUGAAUGAGGAGAGAAUUUUGCCCUUAGAAUUUAAUUUAGUCUUUCCUUUAAGAGGAUACUGUCAAAAGUGAUAGAAUAAAAAUUUAUCCUAC